AUGAAGAUCCCGUACAAUGUUCUCCACGUCAGUGGAAAUAUUCUCUUUGCCGCCCGGGGAGGCAAGCUCCAUUCAUUCAACCUGGACGACGGGACUCAUCUCUCGACAUGGAAGCAUCUGGAUGUCGACAAAGUAGACGCUGCGGUCAAGACCAUUGCCGACGAGGCUGCGAGUAAAAAUCUCGUGAGCCCGGCUCCUGAGGCUGCUGAGGGAGGCAACGGCGAUGAGCCCCCAGCCAAGAGACAGAGGAUGGAGGAGCCGAAGGAAGAGGUCAACAAGACCGCUGACAAUGAGGGAGCGCAAGAGUCGAACGUUGCAGAGGGCCCAGAGCAAAGCAAGGGCGAAGGAAAGGCAAACCAAAAGGGAAAGAAGAACAAGAGCAAGCAAAAUAGCCAGCCGCGCAAGGAUAACCAGAUCUCAAGGGUUCCAGACCGUCCAGUUAUCACACACCUAACAAGUACGACCGAUGGAGCUCAUGUCCUGGCCAUUACCGGUCAUGACAAGGCCAUCUGGGUCUUUGAGCACGACGGAAAGGGUCAACUCACUCAGCUCAGCCGACGAACCAUGCCCAAGCGUCCCAGCUCUGUCGCCAUUGCUCCAGACUCCCAGAUCAUCUGUGCUGACAAGUUCGGCGAUGUCUAUGCGCUGCCUCUCAUUGAGACUACCCCUCCUCCUUCUACCCCUCAGCCAUCAACUCCUACGCCGGAUUCAUCCAAACCUGUCCGCAAGCCAGCUGCCAACACCACGACCGUGCACUCGCAGCGCAAUCGUCGGGCUCUUGUCAACCAACAGCGACAGAUGGAACUUGCCACGCGGUCAAAGGGUGAAAACGAAACCAAGGCCGAAAGCCCCAGCUUCGAACUCACCCUCUUGCUAGGACAUGUCUCCAUGCUGACUUCGCUCAUUCUGGGCGAGAGCGACGGCAGAAGGUAUAUCCUCACAGCUGACCGAGAUGAGCACAUCAGAGUAUCAAGAUAUAUCCCACAGGCGUACGUUAUCGACGGUUUCUGCUUUGGCCACAAGGAGUUCAUCAGUUCCAUGACGAUUCCUCUCACAAGGGGAAAUGUUCUCAUCUCAGGGGGCGGAGACGAGGACCUGUUCCUGUGGGACUGGAAGGCGGCGAAGCUCCUUUCGAAAAAAAACAUCUUAUCACUUGCGCAAGAGAUCGCGCCUGAGUUAACCAAGGUCGCUGUCUCUGGCCUUCAGACCUUGGUCUACCCCACUGAGGCGGGCAACCUCACCUACGUUGUGGCAAUCUGCGAAGGAAUCCAAGCAAUCUUCUCCUGGCAGCUUACCGAGGACAACACUCUCAACCGCCCAGCUGUCAUCCAACUUCCCGGCAAGCCCCUGGAUGUGGCCCUCAAGCCAGCCAACAAUGGCGAACCGCCCAGCGUCAUCGCCGCCGUUGACUCCGGCGAGCAAGCUCAGGUGAAGAGCCUCGCCAUCUACUCUUUGAUUAUGACGGAUGAGAAGUUGGCUGUUGGCACGACUGCUUUUGUCAAGGAUGAGGAGCUCGAGGCGGAAGAAUUGGACGUGCCAGAGAAGGUGGUCCGAGGAUUGCUGUACAAUACAGAGAACCUGCGCAAGCAGCCUACGGAGCCGGGUGAAGAGCAGGGAGAUGACCACGGCGAAGAAUAG